AUGUUUGUGAACAUCACAGAAUUGAGAUGGGUGACAUUUACCCUCCUCGGAGUUCCUGGACUGGAGAGGUUCCAUUCCGUCAUCUCGGCACCAUUCUUGGUCAUGUUUUUGUGUUCUGUGAUAGGAAACCCUCUUAUUGUUCUCAUCAUUCUAUCUGAUGGCGGUCUCCAUUCUCCCAUGUACGUCUUCCUGUCAUUGUUGGUCAUCACAGACUCCAUGCUCUCUCUUUGUAUAGCUCCUCAGAUGUUGGCCGUCCUUUGGAUGAACUCUCGGGUGGUGGUUUUUAGUAGAUGUGUCAUCCAGAUGUAUUUUGUCCAUUUCCUCACCUAUAUGGAGUCCGGAGUCCUGGUGGCGAUGGCGUUUGAUCGCUAUGUAGCAAUAUGCCAACCACUGAGAUACUCUGCCAUUCUUACUGGUCCAGUCAUCACCCGGAUUAGCUUAGUGCUGGUUUUAAGAGGGGUGUUCAUGAUCGGCCCAUGUUUCUAUCUGGUGGCCCGCUUACCCUACUGCGGACAUGAAGUGAUUAGUAAAUCUUACUGUGACCACAUGUCCAUGGCGGAGGCCUCAUGCGGCAACACCACCAUCAACGGCAUCUAUGGCCUUGUACAACUGAUAUUGACAAUGGCAUUUAAUAUUUCCGUUGUCAUAUUAUCUUACAGGUUCAUAAUCAAAGCUGUGCUAAAACUGCCCUCCAAAGAGGCCCGGUCUAAGGCAUUUGGCACAUGUUCCUCUCAUGUGUGUGUCAUGUCAUUCUUCUAUAUCCCAGGUAGCUUCACUCUUCUGGCGUACAGAUUUGGGAAACGCAUCCCACCCUCUAUCCACUCCCUCCUUUCACUCACCUACCUCCAAAUGCCUCCUAUGAUGAACCCGCUGGUGUACGGGGUGAGGACCAGACAGAUCCGUGACCGAGUCUGGAAAUUGUUUCGCAAGGGAAAAAACUGA